AUGCGCCCGCCCGCGCUGCUCUGCCUCGGAGCCUGCCUCGGCGCCGCCGCCGCCUUCUUCAGCCGCGACGGCGACUACCGCCUGGCCGGGCUCUUCCAGCUCCACGGGCUCGCGCCGCGGGUCGCCGCCCGCCCGCUCGUGGACGACUGCGACGAUGCUGCUGCCUUCAAGAGCCACGGCUACCAACUCUUCCAGACCAUGCGGUUCGCCCUGGAGGAGAUAAACAACUCCAGCUCCCUCCUCCCCAACGUCACCUUGGGCUACGAGAUCUACGACACCUGCUCCGAGUCUGCCAACAUAUACGCGACGCUGCGCGCCCUCGUCCAGAAGGGGCGACACGACAUUGAGAUGCUCCACGCCUUCCAGCACUACGAGCCCACGGCUGUGGCUGUCAUUGGGCCUGACAGCACCCAGCUGGCCCUCACCACGGCCGCUAUCCUGGGCGUCUUCCUUGUGCCAGAGAUCAGUUAUGAAGCCUCCUUGGAGAAACUGAGCCUGAAGCGGUUCUACCCCUCGUUCUUGCGCACCAUCCCCAGCGAUGAGCAGCAAGUGAAAGCCAUUGCACUGCUGCUGCAAAGCUUCAAGUGGACUUGGGUUGCUCUGCUGGGCAGUGACAACGCCUACGGCAGGGAUGGGCUAAAUGCCCUCUAUGAUCUGCUGGUCGCAAGUGACGUGUGUGUUGCCUACCGAGGCAUCAUCCCCACGAACAAGGACGCCAGCAGCCCAGAGCUCCACAGGCUGGUCGGAAUCCUCAUGGACAUCAGGGUCAAUGUCACUGUUGUCUUCUCCAACAUAAACAGUGCCCGGCCUUUCUUUGAGGUGGUGGUGCAGAAGAACAUCACAGGCAUGGUGUGGGUGGCCUCUGAAGACUGGUCUUUGGCCCAAAACAUCUGGCAAGUGCCUGGCAUCCAAAAUAUCGGCUCUGUGAUUGGGAUGUCAGUUGAGCAGGCAGAGUCUACAAUGCUGGAACGCCUUGAAUCUUGGAAAUAUGCAGAAGAACGCGCUGCGUCUGAAAGUGCUGGCAGCACGGGGGCAGGUGGGGAAAACAGAAGUAGCAGCAGCGAGAGUACCUGGCCGAACUGCACCCAGCAGUGCCCAGGAUGCCACCUGCUCGCCACUGCCCCCAACAUAUACGACGCUCAGGCCUCUAACAACGUGUACUCAGCUGUGUACGCAGUGGCCCACGGUCUCCAUGACCUGCUGGGCUGUGCCUCGGGGGUGUGCAGCAAAGACAGAGUCUAUCCCUGGCAGCUCCUACAAAAAAUCAAGCAGGUAAACUUCAGCCUGCACAACAGCCAGAUCUGUUUUGAUGCCAAUGGGAACAUUCAUAAAGGUUACGACAUCAUCAUGUGGAAUUGGAGCGGCCUGAGCUGGGCUUUUGAUGUGGUCGGAACUUUCACUGUGAACCCUGACAGGCUGCUCCUUAACCGCAGCAAAAUCCUGUGGCAUACAAAAGAUCACCAGGCUCCCAUCUCCAUGUGCUCCCAGCCCUGUGCCGCUGGGGAGAAGAGGCUGCAGCAGAACCGCCACAGGUGUUGCUUCAGCUGCAUGGCCUGUCCAGCAGGGACCUUCCUGAACAGAACGGACCUCUACGCCUGCCAGGCCUGCGGGGCGGACGAGUGGUCCCCGGCGAGCAGCGAGGUUUGCUUCAACCGCACCGUGGAGUUCCUGUCCUGGGCCGAGCCGCUCUCCUGGGCGCUGCUGACCCCCGUCGCGCUGCUCCUGCUGCUCCUGGCCGCGCUGGCCGCGCUCUUCGCCCGGCACGCCUCCACGCCGGUGGUCAGGGCGGCGGGCGGGCGGCUCUGCUUCCUCAUGCUGGGCUCCCUGGCCUGCGCCUGCGGCAGCCUCCUCUGCUACUUCGGGGCGCCCACGCGGCCCUGCUGCCUGCUGCGCCUCCCGCUCUUCGCCGUCAGCUUCGCCGUCUUCCUCUCGAGCGUGGCCACGCGCUGCCUGCGGCUCGUCGCCAUCUUCAAGCUGCGCGGCCGCUGCCCGCGGCUCCGCCGGGCCUGCCUGCGGCGCGGCGCCCCGGCGCUCCUCAUCGCGGCCGGCGCGGCGGCGCAGGCGUCGCUGUGCCUGGCGGCGGCGGUCACCGCCCCCCCGGGGCCGCGCGGGCGCCGCGACGCGGCGGCGGAGCGCCCGGCGCUCGAGUGCGGCGGGGGCGGCGCGGCGGGCGCCGCGGCCGCGGCCUUCAACGUGGCGCUGAGCGGCGGCUGCUUCGCGCUGAGCUACGCGGGCAAGGACCUGCCCGCCGGCUACAACGAGGCGCGCUGCCUGACCUGCGGCCUGCUGCUGCACCUCGCCUGCGCCGCCGCCGCGCUCUGCACGCAGGGCGCCUUCCGCGGCCGCUCGGCGGCGGCGGCGGCCGUGCUGGGCGCGCUGGGCACGCUGGCGCCGCCGCUGGCCGGGUACUUCGUGCCGCGCGCCCUCGCCCUGCUGCUGCGCCCGCGCCUCAACACGGCCGCGCACUUCCGCGGCGCCAUCGGCAGCUACGCGCGGCGCCGCGCCGCCCGCUGA